AUGUCCCAGAAACCAGAUCAGAAGCCGGCAGGGGGGUUGUUGGCCGCCCCCCACCCGUACCGUCCACAGGGUCCUGAUCCGCAGUAUAUUGUCAACGUGCUGAAUCUGCCGCGCACCAUGACCAGAGUCGACCUCGAAGAGCUGCUGGAACCGCUUGCGAUCGACCUGGGCGCCAUCGGAAGCGUCCAGAUCUAUGAGAUGCACACGAACGGGCUGUCUGUAGCGUCGCUGGGGAUGGACGACUACGACACGGCGGCGAGGAUCGUGGGCCGGCUGGACGGGUACGAGUACUACAGCGUGGUUUUGCAGUGUCAUAUGCUCAGUGCGUAUCAGCCACAGAUUCCUGCUAAACACGGUGUUGCUCCGUUCUUCCCCACAAUCGAGCCUAUGCCGGCCCCGAUGGCGCCGUUCAUCCCGUACUACACGUACGGAAUGCCUGUUCCCAGACAGAGAUCUGUGUCGUUUCCCUAUGCCGAACCCGCGCCCGCCACAACUGCCGCUCCACCACACAAUCACCAGCCACGCACGUACCGCUCCCCGAAAAAAUACCCCGGUAAGCCCAGACAGCGCGUGGAGCUGGGCAACAAUUAUUCUUCGAUAUUGAACCCAGACUUCGACGAGGACGGCUCUGCGUCCGAGUCCGAGUCCUCCGUCGACGACAACGAGCGGCCCGCCGAGCAGCUCGUCCAGUACACGGCGGCCAAGUACGUCAGUCCAACUCGGCUUUUUGUCGGCAACAUCCCGUUCCACGCGACGUAUCUCUCUGUGCUGAACUUUCUGAACUCGGGACGGCCCAAGAUCGUCCAGCUGUACCUCAAGACGCAGCCCAGCGGGGUCUCGAAGGGGUUUGCGAUCGCGCAAACGACAAGUCUGGAGGACUCGGUCGAGCUGAUUGAAAAAUUCCACGGCGCACGGUUCCAGGGCCGCAGUCUCGUGGUGCGGUUCGACAAGCUGCCAAAGCUGGUGGUGAAGAGCCACAACAUCAAGAAGCGGAAAAACUUGGAGAAGAGGCAGCUAGACGAAAAGGAGAACGAGCAGGACCAGCCAGACGGGCCGUCUGCGGGACAGCGCUCCGUUGGCGCCGAAAAACAGGUCGCCCAGGAGCUGGUGCUGGCCAUCAACAACAUGAAAGUCUCGUAG